UCAACCAUCCCUCCUCUACUUUCUUCUUAAUUAAACAAACAUCAUCAUGCUUCAAUUAUCUUAAAUAAAUAAUAUAACACAUCAUAUUCUCACUCUUAAUUAUCCCAACCACAACACAAAAAACACUUUUUUUUUGUGCCGAUCUAUGUUCGAUUCAUCCAUGGCCAAUUUUAGCAAGCUGGUGGUUCAAAAACGAGCCACAAUUCUCAUACUGCUGUUCAUCCUCUUCUUCUGCACAUUAGCAAUUGCACAAGAUGGAAGACAACUUAUGGAUAGAGAAGAAGAAGAAGAGGAAAAAGUUACUACAGGAGGCACAAAAAUGGCCAUAACUGAAGCUGCAAGGAAUCUCUUCUCUAAUCCAACAACUUGGGAUUUAUGCCUAAUUCCCAAUUUUGUUUGGACAUCCUUCAAACAAGGAUGGCCCUGCUUUCCCUAUUGCCCUAAUCUAGAGGGAGGAAGAGAGCAAGGCAAGAGUGGGGAGGAAGAAGAACAAGAGGAAGAAGGGACAGCAGAGAAGGUGAAGGAGGCUGUAGUUAAGAGCUUGGAUGAGAGUAGAAUUAUGGUUGAAGAUUCAGCAAGAUCAGCAGCAGAAAUGGUGGACAAGACUGUCAAGAAGCUCAAGAAAACACUCUCAGGGGUAGGGACACAGGGACUAGUUUGAGUCCCAUUGUAAUUUGGGGGUCAGGGGGUGGGGUGGGGUGGGAUGGGUAGAGGAGACAGGACCAAAUAAGCUAAUGUUAUUACUUAGUUCUUUCUAAUUAACAAAAGUGAAUAAAUAACUGCACUGAUGCAGCGGCUGGAAACA